GACACAUCCCCACACUUCGCGCCUAUUAAAUCCUUGCCAGGUUCGUGGCUCAGUGGCUCUCCCCUUAUCUCAUCUUCUUACAGAAUCGUAAUACACAUUUUCAAGACAUGAAUUUAAUGGAGACUCCGCUUUUAUUCUUAUCUCUCUUUCUCUUCUCCGCCUUGCUUUGCGAGGCAGCACAGAAACCCCCCGCGGUGCUCGACACCGACGGAAAGGCCGUCCAAAGCGGUGUGAAGUACUACGUUGUCCCAGUGCAGCCGAAACAGGGAGGAGGGCUCGAUCUAGCCUCCACCGGCAAAGAGACCUGCCCGAAGAGCGUCGUCCAAGUCGCCCCAAAAGUGGCCGGCGACUCGGUAUCGUUCUUCCCCGUGAAACCCAAAGGCGCGGUUCGCAAUGGGACGGAUCUCAACGUCGUGUUCUCUGGCUCAAACACGGGAUGCCAGGAGUCUACUGUCUGGCAAAUCGCACACGAUCCAGAAAACGUUGACGUCGUUCAGUACGUGUUGAGCGGUGGAGAUAAGGGGAACCCGGGUUCUUCCACGGCGAGAAGCUGGUUCAUGAUUCUGAAGACCAAGAAUGGUUACAAGUUUAACUUUUGUCCGUAUUCCUUGUGCGACUGCAACCCUGUUUGCCAAGAUAUUGGCAUUAAGGUCGAGAACGGACACAGGCGUUUGGUAGUAGACAGUUCCCUUCCCCCUUUGGAGGUCAACUUUAAGAAGGCUUAAAUGUUCCAUCUAUAUAUGUGCUAGCUGAUCCUAAGUUAUCUUAGCGAUAUGGAUCUAGACAUGUAGUGUUACAAUAAACCAUCCUCAAGAGAAAACUCGUCAUUGGAGUGCUAGUAAUUGGCUUGUUGUGGGAAAUAUCAUAUCCAAUGAUUAAAUAUGUUAAUCAACUAUGCAUAAAAUAUUUUUUAAGCGUCCCAUUAUUUUUACUUUA